UGGACCACCACCGCCUUGCUCAGGGGGGGCUGUCCGGUCCGGUUCGCUAAAACACCCCAGCCUAAACAACAAGCUCGCUGACUUGGCCUGCUGCUUGCUAACGUUGCACUCUCUUUCUUCCUUGUUAUUGCUUGAUCGUCUAAAUCUCCCGUCUGUCUGUCUCUGUCUGCCUGGAAACCCUGGCGGUUUUUUGGUGUUCUCCAGCUUUCUUUUCCUCUUGGCCCGCCCUCUCUCCCGAAUUAGAACGAAUCAGAACGGUGUGCAACUUCAUUGCCGUGCACCGUUGUUUGCUCGUCCUUUUUACCUGCACCCUUCCUCACGGCGAUCCCCUUUUUCCACUCUCUAAGUUAUUUAUCCGUUAUUUCGUUAGUAUCGUCGUUUUGGGACUCCGGUUUUUAAAUGCAGGAACCUCUUAACUAUAAUACUCGUUUCCAUUAUCGUCAAGUCACUACGGGCAUCUCGAAUCUCGAAUCCCUGGACAAACCCGCCCUCUCCCCCACUCCCCCAGUUGUCUCAGUAUUCGAUAUAACUUAAAAGCCUAUCUUGACGACCGGUCCGCGCUGUGGUGUUGGAGUUGUAGUUUGCAAACAUGGUGCACAUAUUCGACGUCGGUACCCGGGCAUGGCAACCUGACCCGACGGAAGGAUGGGUGGGCUCUGAGCUCGUUGAGAAAUUGGUGGAUGGAGAUAAAGUUACUCUGGUCUUUUCCCUGGAGAAUGGAGAGACCAAGACAAUCGAAACGACGGAAGCUGAACUACAGCUGGACAACAAUGGAUCCCUUCCGCCGCUGAUGAAUCCAUCGAUGCUGGAAGCUAGCGAGGACCUCACAAAUCUGUCCCAUUUGAACGAACCAGCUGUACUGCAAGCCAUCAAGCUCCGAUACGCGCAAAAGGAAAUUUAUACAUACAGUGGUAUUGUGCUCAUCGCAACCAAUCCAUUCGCUCGCGUCGAUUCGCUCUACGUCCCUCAGAUGGUUCAGGUAUAUGCAGGGAAGCAGCGGGCUACACAAGCUCCUCAUCUUUUUGCUAUCGCUGAGGAAGCAUUCUCUGAUAUGUUGAGAGAUGGCCGAAACCAGACCAUCGUUGUCUCUGGAGAAUCAGGAGCAGGAAAAACUGUGAGCGCGAAAUAUAUCAUGAGAUACUUCGCCACGAGAGGAACUCCCACCCAGGGAUCAUAUAAUGCAGGAAGAGCAGAUUCAAUCAGCGAGACAGAGGAACAAAUUUUGGCAACAAAUCCGGUGAUGGAGGCAUUCGGAAAUGCGAAGACUACCCGUAACGAUAAUUCUUCCCGAUUCGGAAAAUAUAUUGAGAUUAUGUUCGACGACAAGACGAAUAUUAUUGGCGCGAAAAUAAGAACAUACCUCCUGGAACGUUCGAGGCUUGUCUUCCAACCUCUGAAAGAAAGGAAUUACCAUAUUUUCUACCAGCUCGUCGUCGGAGCUACAGACUCGGAGCGGCAAGAGUUGGGCCUCUUGUCCAUUGAAGAAUUCGAAUAUCUGAACCAGGGAGGUGCUCCGGUGAUUGAUGGCGUCGACGAUAAGGCCGAAUUUGAUGCCACAAGGAAAUCUCUUACGACGAUAGGAGUGACGAGGGAGACCCAGGCUGAUAUUUUCCGCAUCCUGGCUGCUCUUCUUCACCUAGGCAAUGUUAAGAUCCAGGCUACUCGAACUGAUUCUUCUCUCUCUGCCACGGAACCGUCUCUUGUGCGCGCAUGCGAGAUGCUGGGUAUAGAAGCAGGUGAAUUCUCGAAGUGGAUUGUGAAAAAGCAGCUAAUCACCCGCGGCGAGAAAAUCACAUCGAAUCUUACCCAGCAACAGGCCCUAGUUGUCCGAGAUUCAGUUGCGAAAUUCAUUUACUCAAGCUUGUUUGAUUGGUUAGUGGAGACCAUUAACCGCGGGCUAGCUACGGAAGAUGUAUUAAAUAAGGUGAGCUCCUUCAUUGGAGUUUUGGAUAUUUACGGUUUCGAACAUUUCGCCAAAAACUCUUUCGAACAGUUUUGUAUCAAUUAUGCCAACGAGAAGUUGCAGCAAGAGUUUAACCAGCAUGUGUUCAAGCUUGAACAGGAGGAGUAUGUCAGGGAAGAAAUUGAUUGGAAGUUUAUCGAUUUCUCGGACAAUCAACCUUGCAUUGAUCUUAUUGAAGGAAAGCUCGGAGUCCUAUCGCUGUUGGAUGAAGAGUCUCGAUUACCAAUGGGCUCUGAUGAGCAAUUCGUUACAAAGCUGCAUCAUCACUUUGGGUCCAACAAACAAAAGUUCUACAAGAAACCUCGAUUCGGAAAGUCCUCGUUCACUGUAUGCCAUUACGCCGUCGAUGUCACGUAUGAGUCUGAUGGAUUCAUUGAGAAAAACAGGGACACUGUUCCGGAUGAGCAUAUGGAAAUCCUCCGCAAGUCCUCCAAUGGAUUUGUGAAAUCCGUUCUCGAAGCGGCCUCUGCCGUUCGUGAAAAGGACUCAGCGGCCGUGUCCUCGCGCCCAGUUGCAGCACCAGGGCGGAAGAUUGGCGUUGCUGUCAACCGCAAACCCACGCUUGGAGGCAUCUUCAAGUCCUCUUUGAUUGAGCUUAUGAACACUAUCAACUCGACUGAUGUUCAUUAUAUUCGAUGUAUAAAACCCAAUGAGGGCAAGGAAGCGUGGAAGUUUGAAGGCCCUAUGGUUCUCAGCCAGUUGAGAGCGUGUGGUGUCCUGGAAACUGUUCGGAUAAGUUGCGCUGGCUACCCUACCCGCUGGACAUACGAAGAAUUUGCUCUCCGGUACUACAUGCUCUGCCAUUCAUCCCAAUGGACAUCUGAGAUACGCGAUAUGGGCCACGCCAUUCUACGAAAAGCCCUUGGUGAUGCCAGUCAUCAGCAAGAUAAAUAUCAGCUCGGUCUGACAAAGAUCUUCUUCCGAGCAGGUAUGCUUGCUUUCCUUGAGAACCUCCGCACGUCACGCUUAAACGAAUGCGCAACCAUGAUCCAGAAGAACUUGAAAUGCAAGUACUAUCGCCGCAGGUACCUCGAGGCUCGCGAGUCUAUCCUUACCACGCAAAGCGUGAUCAGAGGUUUCCUGGCUAGACAGCACGCAGAGGAGAUUCGUCGUAUUAAAGCUGCCACCACAAUACAAAGAGUUUGGCGUGGCCAAAAGGAGCGAAAGCAUUACGUCAGUAUUCGGAGCAAUAUCAUUCUCUUCGAAUCCGUUGCGAAGGGUUAUCUCUGCCGGCGCAAUAUCAUGGAUACCAUCCUUGGCAAUGCUGCCAAGACUAUCCAGCGUGCAUUCCGGUCCUGGCGUUCGCUCCGUGCUUGGAGACAAUACCGUAAGAAGGUCAUCAUUAUUCAGAACCUUUACAGAGGACGAAAGGCACGCCUUCAGUACAAGAAGCUUCGUGAAGAAGCAAGAGAUCUUAAACAGAUAUCGUAUAAACUGGAAAACAAGGUCGUGGAACUCACUCAAUCCCUUGGGACACUCAAGCGAGAGAACAAGACUCUUACAACACAACUUGAGAACUAUGAAAGCCAGUUGAAGUCCUGGAGAAGUCGACACAACGCACUGGAAGCUCGCACCCGAGAGUUACAAGCCGAGGCCAACCAAGCUGGUAUUUCUGCGGCACAGCUGGCUGCCUUGGAAGAAGAUAUGACCAAGUUGCAACAAAAUCAUGCUGAGGCACUAGCAACCGUCAAACGACUACAGGAAGAAGAGAAGGUGUCGCGCGAAUCUCUUAAAGUCGCAACUGCAGAGCUUGAGAAGCUGAGACAAGCCAAUUCUGACAACGAGGUCGAGAAGGAAUCUCUCCGCCAGCUAAUAUCUGAGCUCCAGGAUGAGUUAGAGCUUGCGAAGAGGUCUGUCCCUGUCAAUGGACUUAAUGGAGACCUUCAGAACGGAGCCGCUGCUCAACCUGGUAUUACUGGGUUAAUUAACCUGGUUUCAUCCAAGAAGCCCAAACCGAAGAGACGGAGUGCUGGCACGGAGAGGAUAGAAGCUGAUCGAUUCAGCGGUGUCUAUAACCCGCGGCCGGUAUCGAUGGCUGUGCCUAGCGCAGGCCGCCGCUCUAAUCUAUCUGGUUCGACGUUUGCUCCGGGAGUGGAUUCUAUUGAAAUGGAACUGGAAACGCUGUUAUCUGAAGAAGAUGAGCUCAACGACGAAGUUACGAUUGGUCUUAUCCGAAACCUUAAAAUACCUCUUCCCGGCUCUACUCCACCACCAACCGAGAAGGAGGUUCUCUUCCCAUCAUACCUUAUUAAUCUUGUUACGUCCGAGAUGUGGAAUAAUGGCUUUGUCAAGGAAUCUGAACGCUUCCUUGCUAAUGUAAUGCAAUCUAUUCAGCAAGACGUCAUGCAGCAUGAAGGUGAAGAUGCAAUUAACCCUGGCGCGUUCUGGCUUUCCAACGUGCACGAGAUGCUAUCCUUCGUUUUCCUCGCCGAGGAUUGGUAUGAGGCCCAGAAAACUGAUAAUUAUGAGUACGACCGUCUUUUGGAAAUUGUGAAACAUGAUCUAGAGAGUUUGGAAUUCAAUAUCUACCACACUUGGAUGAAAGUUUUGAAACAGAAGCUUUACAAGAUGGUUGUCCCCGCAAUCAUCGAGUCGCAGUCACUUCCGGGAUUCGUUACUAACGAAACAAGCCGCUUCCUCGGAAAACUCCUGCCAUCCAACACCCCUGCUUACAGUAUGGACAACCUUUUGAGUCUUCUUAACAAUGUGUACAAGGCGAUGAAGGCAUACUAUCUCGAAGACUCGAUCAUCUUGCAAACAGUCAAUGAGCUACUCCGCCUUGUCGGUGUUACUGCAUUCAACGAUCUCCUGAUGAGAAGAAAUUUCCUCUCCUGGAAGCGUGGUCUACAAAUCAAUUACAAUAUAACUCGGAUUGAAGAGUGGUGCAAGAGCCAUGAUAUGCCGGAAGGGACACUGCAGCUCGAGCACCUCAUGCAAGCUACGAAAUUACUUCAACUCAAGAAGGCGACUCUUAACGAUAUCGAGAUCAUUCAAGAUAUUUGCUGGAUGCUCUCGCCCAAUCAAAUACAAAAGCUUCUGAACCAGUAUCUGGUCGCCGAUUACGAACAGCCCAUUAACGGCGAAAUCAUGAAAGCGGUUGCUUCUCGCGUAACGGAAAAGAGUGACGUCCUCCUCCUUACCGCUGUUGACAUGGAAGAUAGCGGCCCUUACGAAAUCGCUGAGCCACGCUCAAUUACUGCCUUGGAAACAUAUACUCCAUCAUGGCUCCAAACACCUCGUCUCAAGCGCCUUGCGGAGAUUGUCUCCAUGCAAGCUAUGGCACAACUGGAGAAGCUUGACAUGGUAGAUGGCCCCGACGCCGUCAGCACCUCCCCAUAAAAUCAAAAUAAUAUCCGUUUGCAUCCCCCAUUGUCCCAUGUACUCAGUUACUCGCCCCUUGCGGGUAUUUUAUCCCUAGCUAGUCUUUGGGAGCCCUCCUCUACUAUUUCCAUUUAGUUGUUCCCAUCUACUCUCUUCCAAAUUUGGCAUCUGCGCCGCCGCCUACCUUAUAGACUCUGGUUGAGAUGAAAGGAUUCUGAAAGACCACUCUGUCCAUUGCGUAUUGAAUCUUUAUUAUUUUUUUCUGCGUUCCUGUUUACCGCCACACCACGCCUUGUUGGCAAGCUGGGUGCAGUUUAUCGUUUUGUCGACGUCUCCUUUUAAUUUCUAUAAGGCUUGUUUUUAUUUUGCUCCAAAGAACUUGUCUAUAUCCAUUGUCAUUUUCAUUUCCUCGCAAAUCCAAUCGAAAACCCCGCAUCUCCCUUUCCUUCCUCCUCCUCCCCUCUACUUAUUCCCUGUUCUUCUUAUUCGCAUCCUCCCCGUUCCAUCAUCGCUAUUGGGUCCUCCUUGGCACUCUUACACAUUAAUCAACAACGAACUACAAGAUCCCAACACCCUAGACGAUAGAAGAUAUACUCCCAACUAACCCCAUUCUAUAAUUUUGUCAGCGUUGUUUCACCUCCUUUCUAAAGAAUCUUUGACGUGAUGUAAGACUACUUUAUACCUACCCUAUUCCUCUUGACCGGUUUUUUUGCCACUAACGGAGCACAAGGAAUCUCGAAGAUGCGAAAAGGAAGCCGAUAAUGUAAUGCACUAAAUUUCCGGUUUCUCUUCUAUAGUUCUAUAUAUGAGUGACAGCUCUGCGCCUCAUUUUUGAUCUUGCGUGAUAGCAUUUAACUACAUUUCUAAAUCCCAUUAUGCCGGCUGGGGUGGAUAUUAGAUAGUCUAGAUAUUUGUUGUUGGAUUCUGGUUUAAUAAUACUUAAAUCACUCCUCCUGCUUCAACUGUACGUUGCCAUUGAUGUUCUAACUAAUUAUGGGGCGGUUGUAGUGAGCAAAUGAAGUAUGUAUGAGAAUUUUGGAUCGAAAUCUUGGCGAUCUGAUAAGAUUUUGUAACCGCGACGGCUCUCCUAAAGAAUUCCCCUCACAAGCACA